GACUACAACUCCCACCAUUGAUAAACUGAGGCCGAGCUUGCAAAUACGGAAGUGAGAUGGGGAGAUAGAAAAUAAGCAGGUAAAGCCCUCGUGGUAAAUGGAAAUGCAGGUGGGAGCUGUGCAAUAACAGAGUGACCAAAUGGAGGAGGAGAAGAAGUUAAAAAGAAAAAGCCCCAAGACCUCCACCAGCCAGGCAGCUCCUACUGGCAAUAGUAAGAAAAAUGCUAUGCCUGCCAGCAGAAGCACUGCCUUCACCAGUAUGGGAGCACAGACAUCAAGUCAAAAAAGAAAAUUUAAAAGGGGCAUGAGAGAGAAAACACAAUCCCAGGGUGCAGCACGAAAAAACACCCAAUCUGCACCGAUCCAGCACUCCUUUCUGACUGACGUGUCUGACGUUCAAGAGAUGGAAAAGGGCUUGCUCAGUCUCCUCAAUGACUUCCACUCUGGCAAACUCCAGGCCUUUGGUAACGAGUGUUCAAUCGAUCAGAUGGAGCAUGUGCAGGAGAUGCAGGAGAAGCUAGCUCGAUUGAACUUUGAUCUCUACGGGGAAGUUGAGGAGUUGCCAGAGGACCAAAGAAAGGGGGCCAGUGACUCUAAUCUGGACAAGUUGAUGUCAAAUCUGGAGGAACUCAGUUCAUCAAUACAAAAUUUAAACCUGGCUGAUUUUCAGGAAGUGCCCCGGACCUCCAGCAUCUGAAUUUACGGACACAAAGUUUGUACUGAACAUAAUCCUGGGAGAAAGAUCACCUCAGUAAUCUAUCACAUCAGCACCAACUCAUCUGAUUAAGAGCAUGUGCAGUAUAUGGCACACUUUCCAAAAUUUCAGGUUAAGGCUGUAGCUAAAUAAACAGACUAAAUACUACAGUAUGUUUUAAAAUGUAAACAUAUUUAAUCCUGUAUUGAAUUUAGCAUUUUUAUCAUAAUGCAAUUCAUUUAUCAAAACUUUCAGUUCGUUAUUCAUCUCUGUGCAUCCAUUACUAUGAACACAAGAUAUGUAUAAAUUAAGGUUGUCAAUUAAUCAGUUAACUUCUGCGUGAAUUUCUUUGGAGAUUAAUUUUUUUUAACGUGUGUUAAUCACACUCCUGUUUUGACCCUCUUAGCAUUCACACCCUGAAGCACCAUUUUAAUAAUAUACUCAAGUGCAUGCAAAACAAUGAAUGCAGUCAGCGUUUGCUUAGAAAUUUAGUCAUAUAACUGCAUUAUGGAGCAAUGUAUAAUAGUGUUUACAGUUAAGGAGAAUAAAACCGUUAAUGAAUGCUUUUGUUUUGUUUAGACAAUUUUAAGUUCUGUUGUGAUUUUAGCAGUUGGUUCAAACAACAGGUUAUUUUUAUGCUGGGUUGUUUUUUGGAAAUAAUAAUAAUAAUACAGCAGCAGUACAAAUUUCCAUUGUAUAGUGCUCCAUUCCAGGGUGUUUUACAAAAUAAAUGCAAAAAGCCUGAGUCUAAUAUGUAAUCCAGCUACAAAUAAACAGACCCAAACAAAUACAUUUUUGAACAGGAUUUAAGACUCAAUUGUGCUAGCGUUCCUGAUAUCAAUCGGGAGCAAUUUCCAAAGAUGAGGGCAACUAAAUGCCCUAUCUCCGACAGAGUUCAAACUAAUUAUAGGGACUCUAAGAAUAUUAGCAUUUUCUGAUCUCGGGGAACGACCAGGGACAGGGACAUGGGAGAAGACAAGUGGGGUCCAAGACAAUGCAAGACAUUAUAGGAGGUAAUAAUAAGAACUUAAAAUAAUAAUAAUACAAUAAUAGCAUCAGUAGUAAAACAAACGAAUGAGAUGCAUGCAGUAAUUCUAUCAAUUAAAUAUGCAAUUAAAACCAAGAUUAACUAAGAUUCAAAUGUGUUUCUAAUCGCUUGACAGCCUUAGUAGAAAUACUAAAAAUAAACCUCACAAGACAUUGAUAAAUACUUCCCAUCAACAUUUAUCAAAAAAUGUACUACAAAUGUUCUUUUUUAGCAUUUCUUCUUUUUAUUCUCUUUUGCUAAGUACCUGUGAAGUGUGCCUUUUAACAUGCAUGUUCUUAUUUUAUGCACAAUGACUUUGGACAAUCUUUUAUCUUUUGUUUAAGUUUGAUUUCAUCCAAUCUGCACCUGUGGUAUACUAGAGUGCCAAGAAUAUUAAAGUGUGUACUGUGUAAAAUAA